GAUCUACUUCCCAUCACUGCAAUACUGCGUGUGAAAGAGCAGGACCCAUCAAGGCCCAGUUACGAAGAAGACCAGAAGGGAGUUAAAAGAAGAUGUUCUAUGAUAAACUGGGCCUUUCGGUGGGCCUCUAGCACCUGCCAAGACGACCUGUGCAUGGCUCCACCAGCCCCAAACCCAGGACAGCUGUUUGGAGCUUCUCUCAUGGAUGUUUGUGAGAAUGACAAGCUGCCUGCCCCUCUGCUGAGGAUAUGCUUUCCUUUAUCAAUCAAAAAGGGCAAUACACAGCGAAAAUUGGGCAACAUAAACUCAUGUAGAGUCCUGAAGGAGAAACUCGAUUCAGGAGAUAAAGUAAACUUGGACAGCGAGUCUGUUGUCAUGGUGGCCUCUGUCUUUAAGGUUUCUACUGUACAAUUUCUCAUUGAAAACUGUCUCAGCAUAUUUGGAGAAGACAUCACUUCCCUCUUGGAGAAGAGCUCAAUGACUUGUGACAACAGUGAUGCUUCAGGUACCUUGAAAAAUUCAGCUGGUUUUGAUGAGAAACAGUCAGCGGGGCUGCCAGGAGUCAUGAGAUAUGCUUAGGCAGUGGCUGUCCUGGAUUCCAGGGCAAGCCCCAAGCACAAUGAUGAAGGACCCAGGACUCCAUCUGCUCAUUCUUCAUAAGGUUGGCUCACAGGUCAUCUGCUGAGAAGGUCAUCUGCUCCUCCCUCACUGUGCUCACUGAAUGAGGACAUUCCGAGAUCCCACCUCCUCCCGUUUGAACUUUCCUUUUCCUAAUCUCAUGCAUCUGUGUUUGAGAAAAUCUUCCCACAUGAUUUUCUAUCUUCCCAUUUUUUCCAUGUUGUACUACGUUAUUACUAUUAAUAAUAAAUGCACAUAUUGUGUAUAUGC